AUGAACUAGAGAAAUGUAUUAAUGGGGAAUAGAAUUCUCUAUAAUAAAUCGAUAGAAAGAAAUUAAGAAAUUCAUCUUAAAAAGUUGAGGGAGAUUAAAUCUAAUUUUAGAGCCAAAUCACCAUUCAGUUAUGAGAUAAAUAAGAAAAAAAAGGAAUAGCUUCAAGAAACAAAGCACACAGAAAUCGAAAGAGAGAAUAGAAUACUUUUAGAAAAGAUCACAAAUAUCAUGCAAAAUAAGUAAUUGACAAUGUCCAUGAAGCGUGUCAUGUCACCGAAGAGCUUAAAUUAAACAGUUAGAAAGAAAAAAUUGGUAUAAAUUGCUGAAGAAAAUUAGUUUUUACUCAGACGCUUAUAAGAAAAAAGAUCUAAUUAUGAUGUUGCAUAGUAUGAAUAAUAAUGGGCAAAUACUAAGAGCUUCAUUAAUACAAUAACAGGCUACUCUAAAACGCCAAAGCAGUCAUCUUAUUAUGGAGGCACUCCUACUUCUUCUGAUAAUGCUCUUACAAAUAAUUAAAGUUUUUCUCAUUCUAGAAAUAACUCAUUAAACCCUAUAAAAAGGAAAUCUGUGAAACUCAAUUAAAGCUAGCAAGACAAUAAUCAUCUUUAUGGAUAAUAGAAUAGUAGUUACUCUAACUAAAACGUUAAUACUAGCUUAAAUGGUAGCUUAAAUUCUAAUUUUAGAAUUAGUUAACCAAGGAGAGGUGAAAGUGCACAAGUAUCUAAAAGAAGCUUAAGCAACAAUUAUAAUCAAAGAAAAGAGAAGAUUCGUCUUUAUAAACAGGUAAAAGUUAUAGGAAAUAUCCACUUUGAUGUAGAAAUUUACAUGUUUGAUGGAAAAAUGAUGAUUGUAGCAGAUGAAAUAGAAGGAGAGGAAACUAAAAUUAUAGAAAUUCCUUCAGAAGAGGCUCUUACUUUCUUAAGAGAAGAAUGCGACAAUAACCUUGACAGCUUAGUUUUGAGACUUAGACAUGCAAACAACCAGCUUUUUUUGAUUGGAACAAAAAAAUCUAGGGAAAAUGCUUAAUAAAAUAGUGCAAAUAAAAGUAAUGGGGAAUUCGAGCCUGUUCAUAACAAUGGAGCAAACUCAGUUACUUCAUAGAGUAAUUAGUAAAAUAUUGAAUAAGCUAACUUUGAUGAAUCUAAGAUCAGCCAAGACCAGAUAAAAUAAAAUUCUAAUUCUUAGAAUUAAAGUUCAAGGACUUAGCAAAGAUAGGGAAGCAGCAAAAAUAAUUUAAAAUAAUAAAAUCUAAAUGGAGAAAAUAACUUAAAUUAGCAAAAUAGUAAUUUUUCAAAUAACAGUAAAAGUAUACAAGAAAGCAUUCCUCGUGGUUCAUAAUAAUUUUAAAACGGAUUGGAUAACAAUAGCUGCUAAUAUAGAAAUACAAAUGAAGAUAUUCAUGAAAAUUUUGAUGAGGAUAAUUAGGAAAGUGUUAAUGACUAGUUAUAAUAUGCAUAAAAUAUGAGAAGUGUGAAGGAAGAAGAAAAUGAUUACUUUAAAGAUAAUUCUGCCUUUAAAUCAAAAGGAUAAUCAGUGUCUAAAUAAAAUAAAUUGCCCCAAAAUUCUCAUCAAUCAAGAAGAAAUGAGUUUGAAGAUAAUUCACCAGAUAAAUACGUUUUUGAAGAUGAAUAAUAGAAUGAAUAAUAUGAAAAUGAUGAAGAUGAAGAAGAGGAAGAAGAAGAGGAGGCAGAAUUAGAAGAAGAUUAUCAUAGCUCAAAUAUAGAAUAUUAAAAUAAUAAUGGCUAUUUGUAAAAUAAUAAUUAAUACAUUAGAGAAAAUUUUACUCUGCAAGAAGAGGAAAUUGAUAUUUGA